AUGGACAUCCGGAGUACAUGGAGCUCCAACAACAUCAGCGUCGACCUCAGCACUAUCCCUCCGGUCAUCGGACCAUAUCCAAGUGACGCAGAAGAGUUCGACGCAUUCCAGGCCGCAGCAGCGAAGGUCUUCCAGUCAUUUGCGAAUUUGAGCUCUCCGCCAGGUAUCAUCAAUCAUGCUGGCACAAGAGAAGUCGUACAGGACUACGAGCGGAUCCGCAUAGCGCUCGGAUACGAGAGGAUCCAUUUCUUGGGGGCCUCGUACGGGUUCUACCGCAAUGCCCAGUAUGCUGUGACAUUUCCCGAGAGAGUCGGCCAUUUUGCACUUGAUGCUGUUGUCUCACACGGCAUUAGCAUCGAGAAUCAGGUCGCAUAUGACUUGAUCUCAGUGAACCGUGCCUUGCUACGAGCAGAUGCAUACUGUCAGGAUCACGCCACUUGCCCCUUUCACGGAAUCGUUCCGGAUCUGACGUAUCUUCUGCAACAGGCAUGGCUGUAUAUUCUAGCCCAAGCCGAGAAUGGCACACUCAUUGCCUGCGACACCAAUGCAACUACCAGCUGUAACAACACCGUCCCGGCUUGGGAGAUCCAAGCCACCCUUGCUGGUGCACUCAUGGGCCAGCCGGAUUUCCCAACCAUUCUCGAAGCCCUCGCAGCUGCAUAUGCAGGUAAUGCAGCGCUGUUUCUUGGGGGCGGAUCUCUUACCCUCGAUGCUACAUGGGGCCUUGUCGAGAUCUGUAACGACCAUCCCGUCGCGGACAAGUCUUUCGCUCAUUACAAGCAUCUCAUCGAUGUUGCCAGCAGCGUUGAUACGUACCGCGUCAACCAGUCUGCUGGUAUACAAGCUCAGCUUAUCUGCGCAGCAUGGCCGUAUGCUGAGCCGGCAGCAUCCACACCACUUCAGCUUACCCAGACAAUGUUACUGGUGACUGCAGACUUUGAAGCCAGCAUUGCCACCGAGCAAACCACAUUCGUUUGGGAGACGCAGGCUCACAAAUCUGGUCUGGUGGUGCGUCAUGGAGACGACCAUGUCUCCUUCAACGAACCUCUGGUCGCGUCGACGAACAUCACAAAGCGGUUUCUUCGUACAGGAGUGCUGCCGUGUCCUGAGGAUAGCACGUACGUUACUGUCUAUGGACCGGGCGAAAAGAGGAGGCCCGUGUCGAAUCCCUAUGAUGUGCCUACUGGGCUGUUGGCAGGCGAUAUCGACAGCUCAUGA